GCUUUGUCGGCGGGGUUUCAUCCGAGGCUAUCUGGUUCAAAGGGGGAGCUCAGAUACCGCCUUGACCGGCUCCUCUCCGGUGCGCGCUGUAUCAGAGAAGGAGCGAGCCCGUUUACGUUGGCAGUAUCCAAUCAGCGCUGUCAAUGCAAGUCGUUGACCGUGGCGAUGUAUGUGUUGUGCGGUAGAUGCUACGAGGAAGGCUCGACAGGCAGUAUGGCGGAGGCGAGCAGUGUGUACGAGUUAGAGGGGCUUGAAAAACAAUUACAGAGUUUGUUGAGCCGCCACACAAGUGAUGAAUCGCAAGCCGAUGUUAAACCGUUCUGCUCCGACUUUUGCAAGUUGGUGGAGGAGUAUGCCUCUCGCUGGCAGGUGCCACUGCCUCAGCUCAGGAUCCUUGAGAUAGCUCUCUGCUACUUCGCUCGAGCCUCCACCUUCUUUACAUCAAACUGUGAUCAUGUGCUCCACACACUCAGUAGUCUGGCCUUGAGUGUUUUUGAGUUGCUGCUGUUCUUUGACCAGAAGGACUUAAAUCAGGAGCCACUGAAACACUUCACUGUUACAUUCCAGGAAUGUCAUUUGGCCCUUGCAAGGCAUCAGAAUGUUCAUUUACUUCAGGUUGAGAGAUCGGUCCAGGGUGGUGGGCCUUGGGCCUGCCCAGCCUUACAGGCAAUCCUCAGUGGGUCCAGUUUACCUCAGAGUGAAGUGGAUGGGUGCAUCAGCUCUGAGCUGCCGAUCUUCUUUGAGCUUCGUGUGCGCUACCUCUUAUCCUGUGAGCGGGUCAGUGAGGCUAUGGCCCUGGCUAAGUGUUGUGCUUGGCAUCCCACAGCAGGACAACACUUGUUCUUCCUCCAGGUCUACCUCACGUGGCUUUUCAAAACUUCACAGCAUGACAGGCUACACAAAGAGGUGGCUGACUUUAAUGGUAAAGAUGCAGUUCACAUCAUCUGUAGUUUGGAGUGUGAGGAAAAGGAUGAAUUGCUGCUAGGCCUCAGCAGAGCCUUCCUCUCUCAGCAGCUCUGCAGGGGAGACAUGUACUAUUUGUGUGAUCUUGUCUUUGUAUGGAGUAAACUGCAUCAUCGGUUGAAAACAUCCAAACAAGUUCUACUCGAGGAGAUUCAUCAGCUGAUGCUGUCUGCCACCAAUGUCAACUCAAUCUUCCCAUUCAUCAGAGCCAUACUGCAAGAAGUUGGUGAGGAUGGAAUCCAGUUCUGUGUGGAGCUUUGUGCUAAUGCUCUGGAGUCUUGCCUUCCUUGUGAUGUCAUUACCAAGUCUCUAAUCUACAAAACCAUUGCCAGCCUGCUACCCAAUGAUCUGGAGGUUUGCCGGGCUUGUGCUCUUCUUGUUUUCUUCCUGGAACGCACUGUUGAGGCCUACAAGAUUGUGUACCUUCUUUACAUGCAUCCUGAUCAGGAGUAUCAUGCGGAGUCCAGCCCCAUCAGAAAUCAUGUUCGCUUUGAAAUCCUGCAGGUCUUAAAGAAGGAUCUGUAUUUUGACCCAGAGUUUUGGAACCUCAUUGCUUUACGGACCAACUGUUUGAAGCUGAUGAGUGAAAAGGUGGUUAGUGCUGCCCUUGAGGAAAUCAUGGAGGACAAAUGGAUCCUUAACUAUUGCACCAAAGAACCUGCUCUGCGAUCAAGCAUAUCAGUAUGCCAGAAAGGAAGUAAAGGGGAUCUUCAGGCAGCAGCGAAGAAGCGCCAGCAGAAAGAGGAUACUGACACUGCACCCAAAAGAUUAAAAGUGGGCACAGUCAAAACACAGCACAGUGAAAAGAGGAAAGGCAACAAAGGAUCACGACCUUUGAAGAAUGCAUCAUCUGAACCUUUGAGGCGUUCAUUUUGGCAGCUAGACAGACUGCGGGACAAUGGGGGGUAUGGAGAACGUAGACGCACUACACGACUCUCAGAGAAGAACCCACCGAAACGGAGGAUUAGAACACCCAAGUGGCUUCUGGAAGACUCAGGAACUCUUGAAGAGAAUAAUGUUCCUCCAAAGGUCAAAAAGCAUGGGUUGAAACAUCAGAAGCAGCAUCAGUCAUCUGUUGAAAAGAGGUCUGAAACUGGUCAGAUCAAGAACAAUGGAAAACACAAACCCCCAGUAAACUCUCAUUUAAUGGCAAGGGAAAACAACAGCAAACACCAGAAGGGAUUUUCUCUGGACUGUCUUCAGCCAGCCACUCCUCCUCAAGUAAUCCUGGAGCUCUCCCUACCAGACAAUGAACUAAUGGGGACAUUUAUUGAGGACACUUGCAACAGACAAAGAGGAUUCCCUCAAGUGCUUCUUUAUAAACCCACAGUGAAGCUUCCAGCCACAUUGCAACCUGUGAAGACUGUGCAGGGCAAAGAGGUGAUUCUAAGAGCAAGAGAUGCAGCUAUGUUUGUACAACAGUUGCACUGUUAUGCUCGGCGGGAGAAAGGAAAAGGUAACGGGUCAAACAUCCAAGGCUCUGUAUCAACAAUCACACGCUCGUCUGUGCAAGGGAGUCCUCCGAAAGAAAAGCCUGGCACUGCGAUGAAAGGUGGAUUUGUCUGUCAGACACCAGCAACAGCAGAAGCUCCGGACCCAGGUUUAGAAAAAGUCCCUCAAGUUCAAACUACAAAGACAAGCUCACGAAAGACAUCUUCAGCUAGAGAGCUCUCUGAGAAGUCUGCUGUUGAGAUGAAACCCACUGUUGCUUCACAGUCACCAGAAGCAACAGAAGUGACAGAAUCCCCAGUUUUAGAUAAGGUCCGCCAAGCAAGAAAAGCCUUGCAAACCAACACAAGUGAGCUCACUGUGAAGUCUGCAGCUGUUAUUAAAGUUACCAGUGUGUCCCAGACAUCAGCGGCAACUGAAGUGUCAGAAGCCCCAGUGUUAGAUAAUGUCUUGCAAGUUCAAGCAGGAGAGCUUUGUGACGAGUCUGCUGUCGAAAUGAAAGUCACAAUUGCCUCACAAAACCAAACAGCGGGUAAAGUGACUCAAUCCCCAGGUGUAGAUAAGGUCUCUAAAGGUCAAACAAUAAAAGACACUUCAAAUACUGCAAGUUUACCUCAGGUUUUGCAGACCUCAUCUGUAGACAGAAAUCAUAUGGUAGUCACUGAAGAAAUCCCUCCAGUCUCAAAUGCAGCCGGCAUUUCAAACAAUGGAGCUGCUGAUCCUGUACCCUCACAGUCUGACGAUACUGUUCUGAGAGAUGAGAAACCACUCAAACCCCAGUCACUCUCCUCCCAGGCUGAAAUUGGUUCUCUGGACAGUAUUUUUGAAGUGGACAUUUCACCUAAAUUCUCAGAAGAACAUGUAUCUUUUCAUAGUGACACAAGUUCUGGAGGAACAGCAGUUACUACUUAUAAGCCCACAGAUCCAGACGGUAUAAAUGGUAUAUCUGCUCUGACAUUAGUAACGGAAAUGGUGACUGAACUUGGACCUGAGACACAGUCUCACAGACCAGCUCAAGAGGACAGUGCCUCCAAGGAAUCAAGACCCGGAAGUAAGCCUAAAGUUUCUCACAAAUUACAUACUACAUCCAGCUGCUCUGGACCAAAUUGGGGAGCCUGUGCAGAUGCUGAUAUGCAAGAGAAGAAAGCAGGGACUAAGGAUAUUGCUCCAGAGACACCUGAGAACAGUGAAACUGUGGAAUCAGAGGAAUCCAAGUUGGAAUACUGCUGUACCUUCUGCAACAAGGUCUUUAAGGGAAGUCGUGUUGUAGCACAUGCUAUGUUCCAUUAUCGUAAAGAUGAGUGCAUGUUCUGUGGGACAGUGUUCAAAGAUGAUCUCCUGGCCAUGGUGCACCUGUCUGAUCAUAUUGAGAAGCUAAAGAAGAGCAAAGAGUUGGCUGAUAGCAAAGAUAACACCAAAGAUAUUUCCACACCUAAGACCUCCGCCAAAAGUAAGGCCACGAACGUGGGACGCCGUAGUCGAGGGAGACCAAGGAAAUCAACUAUCUGUCCUAAAUCAGCAAGCCUUCCAGAAUCAUCUCCAUCUGGAUCCAGAAAGUUAAGAUCCAACGAUAAGCCAGUAGACGGCCCAUCAUUACAAGAGCUGAAACUAAACUUGUCAAAACAUCAUAAUUGUAAAACUCCUGUUCACAAGAUAAAUGGGCAUAUUGGCAAAAAGAAAGAGCUUGACAGACCGGAAACUCAUGCAUUGACCUCUGAAGCUAAGCAGACACUUACACUGCUGGAGAGCCCUCAAAGACAAACAAGUGGUGGAGCUGAAAAUCUCAGGUUGCAAGAAGAUGAAGAUAUAGAGAUGCAUUCUGCAACAUCAGUUAAGGUAGAUACAGAGCUCAUCUGUUCUAAUCACAGUAAAAGUGAGAAGACAGCCACAAAGCAAGAUGGAAAAGUUGUUGAAGAGAAAAAUGGGGAGCCACAAGAGAAAGUUUACUGUCCUGUGGAUGGUUGUACUUGGUUUACAGACUUGUCAAAAAAUCGUGUUGCACUGCUGUACCAUGCUCUCGAAGACCACUCUGGCGAGGUUAGACCUUUAGAACUCGCGUUCCGUAUCGGAAACAGCAGAUGUAGUAUUUGCAUGAGAGUUUUGUGGAGUUUUGAACAUUUUCAGCACCACGUUGAAAGACACAGACUCACUCCUCGGCAUCCUUGCCUUCAUCAGGGCUGUACUGCCAGGUUCAAAACUGGAAUGGAAAUGAGACGCCACGCAAGGAGACACAGUCCGCUGCAGGCGAUGUGCUGCCUUCCUGGUUGUUCUCAGCUGUUUAUUUGUCUCUGGGCACUGAACCUUCAUGAGAGAGAGCACUAUGCUUCCAAACCUACUAAACCAGAUAAGAACAAAAAUAAGCAAACAGGCGACAAGCAUAAUAACAUGCCAGCUGAUGAUGCUUCCAAUACUGUAAAUAAGACUGUGAAUAUAAAGGCUACUUGUAAGUCAAGAGGACAAACUACACACAACUCAUCAACAGGAAAACAUACUAAGACUCUCUCUCCCACCACUGUCAGAGCAUCUCUGUUGAGACAGCAGUUCAAAGGGAGCAGUAAGACCAAGGAUUCGCAUGUCUUGAAGAAUCUUUCUAACAAAGACACGUCUGCACAGCCUUCAGGCCCAAAUCUGCGAUUAAGGCAAACAUUAAGAAACAUUAAAGUAGCAAAUACAAGCCUGGCAACGCUCAAAAGUCACAAAGUCAUCUCAUCAUCAUUGUUAAAACACAAUAUCAAGGUGAGGCGUAAGUUCAGGAAAAGACAGGUCAAAGUAAACACUGCGGGUCCGAAGAGAAGAGGGCGUCCUCCUAAGCCAAAGAAAGCCGUGCAUGAUGAAAACACUACCGUUGGUCAAAACAAUGAAACUGUCCAAGUAAAAACAGAUCAGAGGAGACUCGUUGAGCUUGCAAGCCCCUCUAAAGCAGCAGAGAGCUCAAACACAGAAGCAUCAAUCAAUGUAUCAAAGUCUAAGAAAUCAAUGAGUAAACAGAUUAAGAAGAAUCAUCUUAAACAAAAAGGAGCCUCAGAAAACACCUCCACUCCUAUUGUAGCAGGUAACAGUUUAAAUCAAUCAGUCUCCACCAAGUCCACAGACAAAACACAGAAGUCAAGUGCUGUCAGUAUGAAGAAACUCCGUCAAGGGAAAAAACGCUCUGCUCUCAAAGAAAAUGGUAGUCAAACUACUUCUUCAGAGUCCAGUAAGUCAAAGAAGCAGAAGGUCCUAAAAUGUCCGCACAAAGAGCCAGAAUCUGUGUCCAAAAAGCCUGCCAAGCCAGAUUCAGUUGUCUUACAGGUUGAGGCCAAAGCAGCUGUGGCAGUAGAAAAUCCUGCUGACGAGGAGGGAGGAAAAGCAAAGGCAGAAAACAUUUUCUCAACUCAAAACUGCUUUAGUGACUCUGUGCCUGCUGUCUCAGCCAACAGUUUAAAUGAGACAGCUGAACUGCCCGCCACCUCAGGAGAGAAAAAGCAGAAGGUAACAACAGAAGAAAAGUCAAAGAAAUUACACAAUAUGACAAAAGAAGGAAAGAAAGAAAAGAGUACAGACUCGGGCAAAACAAACAAAAAGCACAGAGAUACAAAUCAAAAACAGGACAAAAAAACAGUCAAAGAAAGACAACCAAGUAAAGAUGCAAGCAAAACAAAUACAGCAAAAUCAAAAUUUGCAGACCAACAGGUUGAGACUAAAGCAACCUCAGCAGCAGCAGAGAGCUCUCCUGGUGUGGAAGGAACAGCAGAAGAAGAAACCACAAACGCAGCACCUGACAGCGGCUUAAAAGAAAUGACUUCUCCACCCACCGCCAUUGAAGAGAAGGCAACAGUGAAGGAUAAGUCAAAGAAGUCUCAAGUCACAAAAAACUCAGACCCCAGCAAAGCAAAUAAGAAGCGCAAGGUUGUUCACAAAGAAGGUGAUACAAAGACUAUCAAGAAAAAAUGCAAAGAUCAAGGUGUUCCAUCGGUUUCUAAGCAGCCUGCACCGUCUCAAACUGAGGUUCAGCCACACAGUGAAGUCAAAGCAGAGGUAGUGGAGACCUCUGUAGGUGAGGAGGGAAAACCUCCAGUGGAAACACCACAGUCUGCAGCUAAGUGCCCUGGUUACUCUUUGAUAGUGAACGGUCAAGCAGCAACAGAAAAUGCAAACUCUGCGGUGUGUAAGGACGCCCUUGCAAAGUAUGGUAAAAAGCCAUACAUGCGUCCUCCACCUACAGCAUACUUGGAUGAGAAAUACACCACCAUGCCAAAACGAAGAAAGGAGAUGUCUUUUUUCCAUUCGUUCCAGAGAAGUCCCGAGCAGGAAAAGGUUACGACAGCUCUGCAGAGACAGCGAUGUGCCAACUGUUUUGCUACUUUCAACAGUGCCGAGGAUCUGCAGAGUCAUCUCCAGUUGCAGAAGUGCUCCAACCUCUUUGGAUUUGACUCUGAUGACGAAGGCAACAGUUGAACAUGUCGAAGUGAGCUGACGUUUUGGAUGCUGGAUAGACUGACUUGUGGACCUGCGUGGAGCCCACCCGGGUGGAUCAUACCUCAACGGAUCAGUACUCUCUGGAUGACUUGUUCAUUACUGUGUGCAACAACUUGCGCCUCUGGAGACUGACGAGUGAAAGGGUAACUUGAAUUUUGCUGCAGCUUGUGCCUGUAAUGCAAGGCCCAGCCCGGAGAACAUGUGAACUAGCCAAUCAGUAAAAGACAACUGAACUGAUUCCCAGUCAGACUGUUAGCAGAACAGCUAGUACUGAAGUGCCUGCUCUGGAACCGCUGUGCUGUUUCCAGCUGCUUCACCUGGUAUGGAGAUUAAGUAUUGUGAUUUAAGGACUGGACUCUCGAAAAGCUGUGAAAAAAGAAAAAAAAAUGGCGCAAGUUGACAAGGCUGCUCCUGCUUUCACUAGGAUACAUAUUUUUCACAUCAGUAAGCCAUAUAAUGCCAUUGUUUGCUUUUUGCACUCGAUUUCUCAGUUAAUUUCUUUCUGCUUAAACUCUGAAAGUGAUGGGAUUGUACAAUGAAUGAAAUUGGUUUCAUCCAUACAUUCUUAACAUUGCAAGAUUAUGUAUAAUUUAGGCUGAAUCUAAACUUUGAAAAGCUGUAAGAUUGCUGUAUCAUGUUUGGGAUUUUUUUUUUUAUAUAUAUAAUUCUUUUUUAAAUACUUGAUGUAUUUCUUCUACAAAGUUCCCAAUGGAAUGAUUAGGUCUGUGCUUGUCCUCAUUAUGAGUAACCAGUAGGGGUCAGUAUGCACCAGAUGUUUUUGCAACCGAAGGAUUUCUUUAUUCAGAGCUGCUCCACUGUAUUAAUCACUGUACAGAAUCAAGAAAUGGCUUCACUUCCAAUCACAUCCAUCAAGUGUGUUUCCUUUAGCAAUAAUGACCACAAGAUGUACCAGGAUCUCAUUAAUAUUUUGCUGGCUUUUGUUGCCGAUCUUGUUCUCUUUAUUAAGUUAGUAGAGCAGCUGACAUUCUGGCUUCAUUCUUCACAAUAGAUUUGUUAAUUUAAUUAUUUUACUGUCCAAGACCAUAGACACAUUGGAAUUUCUCUUCUAGGGUGUGUGUUCCCUUUUAAGAUUCCUUCGAAGAAAAACAGGCAGUCGUGAACUACUACAGUUUUAAGUGUUAUUGGAGAGGUGGCACCAGUCUUUCAUGAGCAGCAGCAGGUUAUAUUUAUUUAUGUUUUAUUUUCUAUCUUUUGUAAAUAUUUGAAGAGUUUCAAUUGCUUAUUAUAUAAGGGGGUGUCUGAGCCGGGUUUAUAUUUUGUUCUUGGAAAAAAAAAAUAAAACAUUUCAAAUGGCA